AUGAUAUUUCACGCACGCAGGCAUGAUCAGUCAGCACGCACCUUAGCAAAACAGUUACGUUUUAACCAUCAGAUGUCGUUUAAAAUCCUCCACGAUAGGUCUGCAGUAAUAAUGAUGGGUCUUGUGAUAGGAGUGUUUCUUGUUUGCUAUGGGAUGCAUCUGACUUGGCGCUGUGUUUUAAAGAAAAUAAUAAAGAAAACUAAAGCCUACCACUUGACGUGCGUAACUCAUUCUUGUAGUAUAGGAUGCAAGUCUUUAAUGAACGAGUGUGAAAGGCUUGAGCAAUUCAGUAAAAGACUAAUAAACGUGUGAGGCUUGGACCCAAAGCGAAUUGAAAUUUGGAAAAAAUGGCGCAUUAGGAGAGAAAACAAGAACCUUUGGACCCUCAGGGAAUACAAAAUACAAGGGAAAGGACGUCUUAGGAUCAAGCUUCACAGGUGGUGUGAGACGCAAGUUCUUAUUGGAUGGAACUUUUUAGUUUCAGAUCAUGAGAGUAUAAUUUUUUGUUUACACUGGCUGCUACCAAAGCCCGCUUUGCUUCACUUGCUCGAUUUUGGUAUACUCGAGCAAGACUCUGCAUCAAUCGAGUAACAAAGAUAGCGUGAGCAUGUGGUGCUUGUUGCUUGGAUACAGUUUGAACCCAGGUUUAAUAGCCGUGCGCUUUCUACAGCGGGCUCAUCGGUUAUGACCAUCCAUUUAUCAAACUGAAACGGAUGUUUCCACUCUGAAUACCAGUUUGAAGGGAGAAAACAAGAUUGACAAGUUCAGAAGUUCGAGGUUCGGUGACUUCAUAAGGCUUGGCGCCAAUUUUCCUCCAUACUGAGGUUGUUUGUUCAAUAGUCUUCGUAAUCAACUCUGUUAACGGCGAUAGAUUCCUGGAAUUUACCGAACCCAACUGAAAGAUUAACUGUACGAUAUUCUUGUUAUAUGAAGUAAUUCCCUUGUUGAGAAAAACACAAAGAAAUGUAGUAGUUUUGUAAUCUUCCUGUGCAUGUUUAUUUCAGGUUAGUCUUGCAGGUGUGACUGAAAUGAUAAAAUCGUGUAAAGUGUAAAAUGACUUGUUAUGGAGAAAAAAGGUAUAGCUAUCAAAUGUGUCACCUUUUUCGCCCAGGUUACACGAGCGUAAGGCUAAUUUUCCUUUAAAUUCUGUAGAAAUCAUGACAAAGAAAUUAAUAUUGGUUGCUAAGGAAGCCCAACAGCAAAUUGGAGAGACGAGUUGCUUGUGGCUGGAACGAUAUUAAAAUCGUUGCAUGCCGAAUGAAUAAUAAAACCUUCCAAUUUAGCAGUACGAAAUAAUAGUGCAGUAGAAGGCAUCUAACUAAACAAUAUUGUUAAUUGAUUGAUAACUGAGCUAGUGAAACAGUUCUUAAAGAUCAUAUCGACACCCCAGGCGUCUUGCGCCAUGUAUAUAUAUACAUAUUGAAAGGAUUAUAAAAUAACAAGGUUCUAUAAAUAAUUAAUUAACUGUUAGACAUUCAAGAAGUUUUUUUUGAAGAGGGUGUUUUUGCACAGUUGAACUGCCGUUAAAAACUUAUCGACAUUGUGUUCCUGUUUCACAUCGUGAUCAGUUUAUUUUUUUUCCUUGCUCUAUUUAUUAACUGAAAACCAUUGCAUACUCUAUUUAGUAUAGCAAUGGAGUUAAACGGAACAGUCUAGGCAGAUUACAGUGAUGCUGCUGGCUCCUGUCUGUCUUGUUUUAUUUUCUCGCUUAUGAAUAGUUAACGACAACAGUGGAAACGUUCUCAGGCAAAUUUAGUAACGCGCUGUACGUGAUAUUUAAGAGACGGCCUUGGCUUUUUAUUUAUUAAUGCACUUUUGUCGUAAUUUGUAGUAGACCUGUCGCAAUUUGUAGGUUGGUUUAGUUGUAAAGAGAAUAGUAUUUAAUAAGAACUUCUCUUAACUGCCGUUAGUACGGAUGGAGACCUGGUUUUGGAUUCUUGGAUGGGUUCUUUCCUUUCUUGCCAUCACUGGAAAUGGAUUUGUAAUCUUCCUCGUCUGCAGCAGACGAAAUCUCCGCACCAAAACCAACGCGUUUAUUGUUUCACUUGCAGUAGCGGAUUUCUGUGUUGGUUUGAGCGUCAUUCCUUCUUUGUUUAUAUGCGACGUUACAAGCACCUGUGAGUGGCCUCAGACUUUUCCGUCAUGGAAAGAUGUCGUAAGGUGGCUGUUUAGCUACCUGUCUGUUUUAAACUUGAGUUCUCUGGUGCUCGACCGUUAUAUCGCCAUCGUAAAGCCUUUUAAAUACAUAACUUUUAUGACUCGAUCUCGUGUUAUUGAAGUGAUAACUUCCUGUUGGAUAGCGUCAUUUACAUUGGUUGCGUUCAAGACCGCACUUCGGCUUUGCUGUGAGACCCCUCUGACCAGUAUCGUUGCAGUUGUGGUUUUAAUGAUUUCCAUGGAAAUCGUUCCAUGCGUUCUGCAGAUAUUCUGUUUUGUGUCAAUGUUACUUCAUGUAUGGAAACAUGAUCGGUCAGCACACACCCUAGCAAAACAGUUACGUUUUAACCAUGGGAUAUCUUUUAAAACCCAUAACGAGACGUCUGCAGUUAUAAUGAUGGGUAUUGUGAUAGGAGUGUUUGUUGUGUGCUACGGAAUAUAUUUGCGUUGUAGUCUCGUAGUACUAUCCGACACAAAUGCAUCAUGUAAAGAUGAACAAUACAAAAUUCCUGUAUUGGUUUUAAACUCGGCCAUUAACCCAAUGUCUUAUGCUUUUUUCAAAAGAGACAUAAAGAAAGAGUUUAAAAGGCUUAUCAGUCAGCUGGUUUAAUUUAGGCGGAAAAGUAACCGUGUAGAGCCUUCCACUUGAUCAUUUUUGAAGGACAUAGAUCUUAAUAUUGGUCGGCAGAACUGCCUUUGAUAGCGGAUUGUGUCAGGCAUCGCAGGCGGCAGUUUUGGGGUCGGCAAAUCCCUGGCGGUUUGUCUCAAAUCAUAGUUUGGAAGCACUGAUGUUUAAGGAGGGGACAAGAACCAAAGGAGGACGAGGAUACAAUCCAAAAGGGACCUUACUAUCCAAAAACAGAGACGCCAAUGAAAACGUCGCUGAAAAAUAGACUUCGCGUCCAUUGAAACUUUUUCGCGCUCAUACCAAGUCGCCCAGUGAAUUGAAAGUGCGGAACAUGUGUUAGGUUCGAACUGAAGAGAGGAGACCGCGUCCGAGUUCAGAGAGGGAUAGUAAAUAAAUUUAUCGCCUUGUCGUUCCAGUUCUUAAGCCCGUCAUCUAAAAAACAUUGACUAUUCCACGUUGUAGUUGUGUAGGGACAGCGGAGAAAUGUACAUAAAAAAGUGAGGCACGUGCAGCCGGAGCUGUUGUUUUGCUCACUGAAGCCUAUUGUGUUUUAGGCGUUCUUCUUGCCGUCGCCGUUGUAGUUUCGUAAGGUUCCUAGCAGUAUAUGUCAGUUGCUCUUGAAACGGCGAUUCUGAGGUAUCAAGCCUACGUCAAAGGUAGUGGUAGACGAAAUUUCUAAUUGAAACUUUUUGUUUCAAACCAAGGGAAAGUAUUUCUUUUUCCUGGCUUUAUUUUCCACAUUAAUUAUUGUAAUCAACUCUGUUAAGUAGUUUCCUAGAAUUUAAACAAGCAUGAAGUAAACGUUUUUGUUUUUGUACAGGAAAAGAAUUGUAUUAUUUUUUCCUUUCCCUGAAAACUGAUAGUUAAUUAACCUCAGUCCAUGCUAGAUGUGAAUGAAAUAUUAAAAACUUUAGAGCAUGAUCUGUAUGAUCCAUACAGGCAACAUGGAUAUUUUUUUUCAGGUUCCCAUUGAUCCCUAUGGGGUGGCGAAAAGCAAUCUUUUUCUUCAAACAAGUUUUAAAGCUGUUUAGAGAACGUCAGUGGACGAUUUUGUAAUAAUUUGUAAUACCCGUCUUGAUUUGCAUUACGUAGUAGCUGUUCUAAUUUGCUUUCAGAAGGAUCCUCAGUUACUUUCCUGUCAUGUUCAGGGGUCUCCGUACCAAUGAAAAUAAAGCUAAAAAAGUUAACUGAAAACAGGUAUUGCAAAAAGGAAACAUAAAUUCAAAUAAACUAUUGCAAAGCGAUUUAUUUCUGUGUCCCACAUGAUAAAAAAGUGACUGUGAAGAUGUUGUCUUUACCAUGAUCUCCAACAUUAGCAUAAUUCAGAGACAUCUUCGGAAAUUAAUCGCUAUGCUAUGAGACGAAACUGCAUUUCAAGACCUCAUCAUUUUCUUUAGAUAUAAGCCAGUUAUGCAUGUCGAUAGCAUAUUUAUUCAAUGUUUUUUAUGGCCCUUCAAACUUUGUUUCAAAAUAUUUCCAAAAUUCAGCUGAACCAGGAGUAAAGACUAGGUGUCCCAGUGUCCCAGCGGCACAUUACCACCCGAAAAAUUUCUAAAGAAUUCCUCCAUCCCCCCCCCCCUUCCCAUGGGACCAUGGGAAACCCUAGCAAGAGUAGACGAGAUGUCCACCGCUGGAACGGUACAUUAAAAAACGCUACAUAACAACAUUUUUGACAUUAAGCGAUAAAGAACACUUUCACCUUUAACAAUGUAUUAUAUUCCAAGAAUUUAUUACAACAUUUUAUUGCUAUUUUAUUAUCAAACACACAAAGAAACAUUUAGUAUUAAUGUAUUAUUGUCUUGAUGCACAUUUUUGUGAUAACACAGCCCAAUACAAACUAUUAUUUAAUGACAUUAAUUAGCAAAUUAAGACGAUGUAAAGAACAAAUAGGGCAUUUUCACUCACGUGGCCAGCACCUAUGCAAAUUUAUUGGAACAAAAGAGAACGUUUACAUAGCAAAAGAUUUCAGUGUCCCUGAUAUUUACGCAAGAUGUUGGUUAUAUUCUGCAGUUGAUAAGAACUUCCUUUAACUGUUAAGAUGGAGAUCUGGUUUUGGAUUCUUGGCUGGGUUCUUUCAUUUCUGGCUAUCAUUGGAAAUGGAUUUACAAUCUUCCUCGUUUGCAGCAGACGAAAUCGUCGCACCAAAACCAAUGCGUUUGUGGUAUCACUUGCGGUAGCGGAUUUCUGUGUUGGUUUGAGCGUUAUUCCUUCUCUGUUAGCUUGCGAAUUUACAAACACCUGCCACUGGCCUGAUUAUUGGUUAUCGUGGGUGAAUAUUAUAAGAUUGUUGUUUAGUCACUCGUCUGUUGUAAACUUAUGCGGCUUAGUACUGGACCGUUUUAUUGCCAUCGUCUAUCCUCUAAAAUAUAUUACUUUGAUGACUCGCCGUCGAAUUACCCAAGUUAUUUUCUUCUCUUGGGCUCUACCAGUUAGUUACAAUGCGCUAAAAAAUACCCUUUGUAUUGUCUUAUUUCAAAACGAUACCUCUGAGUGUCCUUUUAUUUGGCCGACCAUAAUUUCCGAGUUUCUUCCAUGUGUUGUAUUAAUGCUCUGCUUUGUAUCAAUGAUAUUUCAUGUAUGCAGGCAUGAUCAGUCAACACGUACCUUAGCAAAACAGUUGCGUUUUAACCAUCAGGUAUCGUUUAAAACCCAUCACGAGAAGUCCGCAGUAAUAAUGAUGGGUAUUGUGAUAGGAGUGUUUCUUGUUUGCUAUGGUAUGUAUCUACGUUGUAGUUUUCUAAUACUAUCCUCAUCACCAUGUAAUGAUGAAAACUACAAAAUUACUUUCUUGGUUUUAAACUCAGCUAUUAACCCACUGGCUUAUGCCUUUUUUAAAAGAGACAUAAAGAAAGAGUUUAAAAGACUCGUUGGCGCUGUGUUUUAUAGAAAAUAACAAAGUUAACUAAAACCUACCACUUGACGUGCGUAACUCAUUCUUGUAGGAUGUAAGUCUUUUAUGACGAGUGUGAAAGGCUUGAGCAAUUCAGUAAAAGACUGAUGAAUGAGUGAGGCAUGGACUCAAAGCGAAUUGAAAUUUGGAAAAUUUGGAGCCGAUUAGGAGAAAAACAAGAACCUUUUGACCCUAACAGAAAAUACAAGGGAAAUACAAGUUCUUAUUGGAUGGAACUUUUAGUUUCACAUCAUGAGAGUACAAUUUCACACCCUGCUACCAAAGCCCGCUUUGCUUCACUUGCUCGAUUUUGGCAUACUCCAGCAUGACUCUGUGUCAAUCGAGUAACAAAGAUAGCGUGAGCAUGUGCUGCUUGUUGCUUGGAUAUAGUUUGGAACCCAGGCUUAAUAGCCGUGCGCUUUGUACAUUGGGCUCAUCGGUUAUAAUCAUCAGUUUGUCAAUCUCAGUCUGAAACGGAUGCUUACACUCUGAAUACCAGUUUGAAAAGAGAAAUGAAGAUUGACAAGUUCAGAAGUUCGAGGUUCGGUGACUUCAUAAGGCUUGGCGCCAAUUUUCCUCCACACUGAGGUUGUUUCUUCAAUAGCCUUCGUAAUCAACUCUGUUAACGGCGAUAGAUUCCUAGAAUUUACCGAACCGAACUGAAAGAUUAACUGUACGAUAUUCUUGUUAUAUGAAGUAAUUUCCUUGUUGAGAAAAACACAAAUAAAGAAAUGUAGUUGUUUUGUAAUCUUUCCGUGCAAGUUUAUUUCAGCUCAGUCCUGCAGGUGUGACUGAAAUGAUAAAAUCGUGUAAAGUGUAAAAUGACUUGUUAUGGAGAAAAAAAGGUAGCUAUCAAACAUUACACGAAAGUAAUACUAAUUUUCCUUAAAAUUCUGUGGAAAUCAUGACAAAGAAAUUAAUAUUGGUUGCUAAGGAAGCCCAACAGCAAAUUGGAUAGACGAGUUGCUUGUGGCUGGAACGAUAUUAAAAUCGUUGCAUGCCGAAUGAAUAAUAAAACCUUCCAAUUUAGCUGUACGAAAUAAAAAUAAAGUAGAAGGCAUCUAACUAAACAAUAUUGUUAAUUGAUUGAUAACUGAGCUAGUGAAACAGUUCUUAAAGAUCAUAUCGACACCCCAGGCGUCUUGCGCCAUGUAUAUAUAUACAUAUGUAAAGGCUUAUAAAAUAACAAGGUUCUAUAAAUAAUUAAUUAACAGUUAGACAUUCAAGAAGUUUUUUUGAAGAGGGUGUUUUUUGCACAGUUGAACUGCCUUUAAAAACUUAUCGACAUUGUCUUUCUGUUUCACAUCGUGAUCAGUUUAUUUUUUUUUCCUUGCUCUAUUUAUUAACUGAAAACCAUUGCAUACUCUAUUUAGUAUAGCAGUGGAGUUAAACGGAACAGUCUAGGCAGAUUACCGUGAUGCUGCUGGCUCCUAUCGGUCUUGUUUUAUUUUCUCGCAUAUGAAUAGUUAACGACAACAGUGGAAACGUUCUCAGGCAAAUUUAGUAACGCGCUGUACGUGAUAUUUAAGAGACGGCCUUGGCUUUUUAUUUAUUAAUGCACUUUUGUCGUAAUUUGUAGUAGACCUGUCGCAAUUUGUAGGAAAUAUGUCGGCCUCAAUUUAGACUAAAGUGAAGGUACAUUUUUUUUCAAUCACGGCUAAGGUCACCGUUAAUUCCAUCUGUUGUUACUGACAGACCAGACUGGUUUAGUUGUGAAAAGAAUAAUUAAGAUCCAGCCAGAUUAGAGCAAUUUAGAUUAAGAUCGCUAAUGUUGCAUGGAGUGACAAAAAUGUUUUCUCAAAUACCGCUCCUUUGUAGGAACAAUAAACAAACGCGCCAAGGCUUUGCACGGGUCGAUGUACUUCAAUUGAGCAACUGGAAUUAACAACAUUUCAAACCGGAAUUUUUGUUGUAUUGAAAGUGCCCAUUGGCUUUGAAUUACAGCGGUUAAGACACGCAACUAUCCUCAUUUUCCUACCAACUGUGUUGCGACAGUUCGGUCAGAUACCUACUGCGCAUACGAAACACAUAAUUAUUAGAAAUUACCAAGUUUAUGACAAAGUAGGACAAUAAAAAGGACUUCAGUCUAGUAACAAUUUACAUUUGCCAGUGAAUAACUCAAAACCUCCUGACAUAUUUGCAAAGAGGAUAUUUUUCUUUUAUCUGUAGUUAAUAAGAACUUCUCUUAACUGCCGUUAGUACGGAUGGAGACCUGGUUUUUGAUUCUUGGAUGGGUUCUUUCGUUUCUUGCCAUCACUGGAAAUGGAUUUGUAAUCUUCCUCGUCUGCAGCAGACGAAAUCUCCGCACCAAAACCAACGCGUUUAUUGUUUCACUUGCAGUAGCGGAUUUCUGUGUUGGUUUGAGCAUUAUUCCUUCUUUGUUUGUAUGCGACGUUACAAGCACCUGCUACUGGCCUCAGGCUUUUCCUUCAUGGAAAGAUGUCGUAAGGUGGCUGUUUAGCUACCUGUCUGUUUUAAACUUGUGUUCUCUGGUGCUCGAGCGCUAUAUCGCCAUCGUAAAGCCUUUUAAAUACAUAACUCUUAUGACUCGAUCUCGUGUUAUUCAAGUGAUAACUUCCUGUUGGAUAGCGUCAUUCACAUUGGUUGCGUUCAAGACCGCACUUCGGCUUUGCUGUGAGACCCCUCUGACCAGUAUCGUUGCAGUUGUGGUUUUAAUGAUUUCCAUGGAAAUCGUUCCAUGCGUUCUGCAGAUAUUCUGUUUUGUGUCACUGUUACUUCAUGUAUGGAAACAUGAUCGGUCAGCACGCACCCUAGCAAAACAGUUACGUUUUAAUCAUGGGAUAUCUUUUAAAACCCAUAAGGAGACGUCUGCAGUAAUAAUGAUGGGUAUUGUGAUAGGAGUGUUUGUUGUGUGCUAUGGAAUAUAUUUACGUUGUAGUCUCGUAGUACUAUCCGACACAAAUGCAUCAUGUAAAGAUGAACAAUACAAAAUUCCUGUAUUGGUUUUAAACUCGGCCAUUAACCCACUGUCUUAUGCUUUUUUAAAAAGAGACAUAAAGAAAGAGUUUGAAAGGCUUAUCAGUCAGGUGGUUUAA